AGUGUUCCGGUGGGCGGCCGAUCAUGAACGACUCCGUGCCGUCCUCUUCCUUCUCCGCGGCCCAUUACUUCCCGGCACGGCGCCGAGUGUGGCAGGCAUGCACCAACUGCAGGGCCCGUAAGACGCGAUGCGACGCUGCCAAGCCGAAGUGCAGCCUCUGCGUGACCCAGAACGUGGAAUGCGUCUACCGCGACUCGAACCAGCCGCGCAUCGAGCAGAAUACCAGGAUCUUGUUAGAGCGUAUCCAGAUGUUGGAAGAUCGUUUGCUUGCCUCGCCAGUGUUUUCUGGACAACAGCAGCAGCAGAACCAGCAAAAUUCGCGGCCGUCUUUAGAUACGCCGUCACCUCAGGCCACACGACAUGCGACAACUCCGGGAUCGGGGCCUCGCACACAGCCCGAUGCAGCUCUCGAUUCGACAUCUUUAAGAGACCAAGCGGAUGCAGUUCAUACGAGGAACCCUGAGGGAGAUGCUCAAAUUCCAAUCCCUCUAUCCCAUACAGCAAAUGCGAAUCACGUGUUUGAGUGGCCGAUAGUAAAGCAGUUGCUAUCAGAAACGGACAUGGAACCAUCACCACCACGGCCAGCGUUCUCAGGAGGACUACGCUCAGCGGAAGCAACUGACAUUUUCUUCUGCGAAAGGUCAGCUGCAGACUCUGCAACUUGUCCUCCAGAGUCCUGGAGAUUGUUCCAAGACCGCAGUCUCCCAGUCUCCAUCGAUGCCGCUGAUCGAUAUCGAGAGGUGAUUCACGAGUACUUUGCCGAAGUGAACAUCUUCUUUCCUCUUCUCUCACCAGAGGAUAUUAUCCAGACUUUCAACGAAGUAGUCGCCUCGGAGAAGACUGCAAGUGUAGUCGCACCCCUUACUGCGCCGUCUCGGUACUGCUUACUAUUGCUGGUCCUUUGCAUGGGAUCAUUUGUCUGCACUGGGGACUAUCGUAUCUCAUUAGAUAAAAGAGCAGGCCGAGACGAAGGUCUUCAACAAAGAUCCGUGAGUUCUAGCAUCAUUGGGGACUUUCCAGGGAUCGAUGAACAGCUGUGGCGGAAAGCGCGGCUAUUGUUGGGGUUCAUAUCUUCCAAAAUCAGCCUCGAAGCAGCACAAUGCACGAUGUUGGCAAGUUUAUACAAUAAUGCGAACGGUAGAGUGGCAGACUCAUUCCAUUGGGCACAUGCAACCGCCGUGAAGUGCGAGGCGCUCACGAGAAGAGCUGCCAUAGCCGGAGACAACAGCGAGAGAUUCUCAGAUGCCUUCCGCAGACUCUUCUGGGUCGCUUUGAUUUACGAAGGAGACUUUGUGUCCGAGAUCUCGAUAACAUUACCAUCAGGCAUAGCGAGAUACGAAGACGUCGUGCCCUACCCAGCCCCAGAAACACCCAAACAGCACAAAGACUUCACCAUGGCCCAGACGACCCCGGAAGCCGAAGUGACGAGUCCGGCUUCGACGUCCUUCUACAGAACCGAGGAACUAGUCGCCUUCCAGAUCAGUACCAACGCGGCUAUCAGGCGUUUCCUCAAUCGAGUCAACAGCGUAGUCUUUGACAGCAAAGACCAGUUCCGUAUGACCCGUACCGACUACGCAAACUGGCUACUGCGUAUCACGGAGGAUCUCUGGUCAUACCACGGCGCGCUCUAUCGCAACCUGCCUGAUUUCUUACUCACGAGCCAGCCUAGAAGGACGCCCGGGCAGCAACUGGAGAAUGCGAGCUCGCCCAUGACGCCGGGCAUCAUCAGAGUUGAAGAAUUGGGGAAUAAUCCGUGGAAUGUGCUUAGGCUCAAGGGCCGGUAUUAUGCCGGACAGUACAUCAUUCAUCGCCCUUUCAUCGAGUACGUGAUGUUGAACAUGGCGCAUUUUGAGACGCAUCCGUGUCGAGAGGCGAUAUUAGAGCGGUGUCGAUUGUGCUUGGAGGGGUGCAAAGGGUUCAUCAAUGUUUUCGAUAUUGACCCUGCUAACAGUCUUACUGGCUUGUUCGCCGGUGGUAUGGUGACCUUUACCAUGGUUAUCAUCCUUCGCGUGGCGACGAUGUGCACGGUCUUCAGAGAUAUUCUGCCAGAGGAUAUCGAAGGGGCAAUGUUCGUAGGAACGCGGAAUCUGCGGCGAUUCAGUAUUAGCGUGAAGGAGUUUGAGUGGCACUUGAGUGUAUUGGAAAGGCUGGCGGCAUCUUGUAAGAAUAGGAUGAGUGCUUAGCCGAAAAUCAAACGGAAAAGGCAAAAAGACUGAGGCAGGGAGUUGCAAGAUCUCAACGAGAUAUACACAAAUCUUGCUUUACACAAGUGAUAGUUAAACAACACCUCAUAACGUUGUGUUAGUCUCGGCCCAGAAUUUGAUCGUAAUUCA